AAUCGAUUGAAACUACUAAGAUAAAUCAUGCUUUGACAUUUUUUUUUUAACAACACUUGAACUAAUUUUAUAUUCGGAUUUCUCCUAAUAUCAAUUACUUGCAGCUUCAAAAUCAAUUACUUGUUCAGGACUCAAUACGCAUAACCCCUUCUGCUAGCAUCCACCACGUUUUCAACAAUCAAAUUAAUGGCUUUCGGAACAGUCACUAAAAGGUUCGGGAAUAAACUUUUUCCAGCAUUAUCUUCCACUCCCAGGCUACUACACUCUCAUGCCACCAGUUUCGGUUUCAAACAUGUUAACGAAGAAGAAAAGGCGCGCAUGGUCGGUGAUGUGUUUACGAGUGUUGCUGCUAGUUAUGAUACCAUGAAUGAUCUAAUGAGUGCUGGAUUGCAUAGACUAUGGAAAGAAAGGCUAGUUUCCAUGUUGAAUCCUUUUCCUGGAAUGAAGCAUCUUGAUGUGGCUGGGGGCACAGGGGAUGUUGCUUUUAGAAUCUUGGAUAACAUAAACAGAGUUAAGCAGAGAAGGCUUCCAAACGCUUUUAAAGUUUCUCUAGAGUCAGAAACUCAGAUAUAUGUAUGCGACAUUAACCCAAACAUGUUGAAUGUUGGCAAACAGCGGGCCACUGAGAAGGGUUAUGGAGAGGACGGUUCCCUUGUAUGGGUGGAGGGAAAUGCUGAAAGCUUGAGUUUUCAAAAUGAUUCAAUGGAUGGUUACACUAUUGCAUUUGGGAUAAGAAAUGUCACACACAUCGAGAAAGUUCUUAGCGAAGCUCAUAGGGUAUUGAAACCCGGCGGCAGGUUCCUUUGCCUCGAACUAAGCCAUGUUAGUCUUCCAAUAUUUAAAGAACUGUAUGACUUAUAUUCUUUCUCGGUUAUUCCACGCAUAGGAGAGAUGGUUGCCGGCGAUCGAGAGUCCUAUCAGUACUUAGUAGAGAGUAUCCGGCGUUUCCCCCCACAGGAAAAAUUUGCGUCAAUGAUUGCUGAUGCAGGGUUCCAAAAAGUAGAGUAUGAGAAUCUAGUUGGGGGAGUGGUUGCCAUCCACUCAGGGCUGAAAAUCUGAUAUGAUAUUUAUGAACUUUAACCCUUGCUUAUAUAAUAAUUCAUACAUCUUUCAUAACUGUUUAUAAGCAAAUUCAUGAUGCUACUAGAACUGGUAGAGUUUGUAAGAAUAUGAAGUGUAAUUUCUUUCAUUAAUAUAUGGCGUUUGCAAUUCUUUUCCCAA